GAAGCCUCUAUAUAUCAAGCGAUGGCUAAUUUUGAUGAAUCACUACAGCGUGUCUUAGGGAACUUGCUCUCUCAAAACCAUACGGGGAAGAAAGUUAAUCAGAAAGUUGUUGAUGGUGUUUUAAGCUUGAUACUCCAGAGCGAAGAUAAUCCAAAUCUUGAGCAAUUGGAGCCACUAUUGGAUGAUUAUUUAUUGCCAUUAUUCACAUUGGAGAGCACAGAUACAAACGUGCUGCUAAUUGCCGUGUGCUUACAAUCAAAGAUAAAUGGAAAGCAGUCUUUAAAUUUUGGAGAUGAAGAAAAACUUCAUUCAUUCUUGAUUCGAUCAAUUCGAUUGUUUAAUAAAGAUGUCUCUUCAUAUCAAGUCAAAUCAAUUGUUGUUAAGGCUGUUCAUGUUCUAUUUUUGAAUCUUCAUGAUACCAUAAUAAGGAAACAAACUGCAUCAUUUGUGUCAAUAUUGACAUGGUCUAAAAUUCAAAGUCUGGAAUCUUUGUUGAAAACUUAUAACCUCGAGAAGCAAUAUUCAAACCAAAUGAACAAAACUAAUCAGCUCAGCUCAAAAGAGAAAUUUGAAAAACUUUUAUUUUCUAGUUGGAUUCCAAGCUUGUUGUCAGAUAUCACUGCAAACCUGAAAUCCCCAAAACCACAUUUUGAUGAAUUUAUGACAAGCGUUUCCAUUUUGUUGAUCAACUUAUUAGGACAAUUACCAACAAGAAGGUUCAUAAGAAUGGUGGUACUAAAGAGUCAAAUUGUACCGAUAAUGAGAGCCAGUAACAAUGCCGCUAUUGAAUCUUCAAUUGAUCUUUUAGAAUUUUAUCUACGGUUCCCUAUAAAUGAAUUCACAGGUGAAAUUCUUGAGCCAGAGACCAUUGAGAAAACUUACUCAAAAAAUAUCUCCAAGCUACAAGUGAUGGCUUUCCAUACGUUCAAGGAGGAGCUAGGUGAUCUUGCAUUUGCUACUUAUCAUAAAUUUAAAGAUCACGAAAAAGUAUUCAACGAGCUAAACAAGCUGACAGGUGACGAGCUGGACAAACUAUUAGAAUCAUUUGAGAUCAAUGUCAUCAAUUCAGUUGGAAAAGCUGAAAAAAUCGAAGCACUUAUUUUCCAAUUGGAACCAUUUAGAGAGAUUUCAUCUUUUUUGAAGUCAUCAAACAUUUUACCAACUGAACAGUCCUUAACAAGUAGUCUUCAUGGGUCUCAGUUGAUACUUCCAGACCUCAAGGCUCAAUACCUUUCAAUGGAUGAUUUAUUAGUUAGAACGUAUCUCUCACAUAGGGAAGAUUACUUGGCUGAGAUUGCCCAACAUGUUAAAAGAACACUUCAAAGAUUCGAUGUUAAAAAAGACAGAUCAAAAAACAAGCUGACUGGAAGCAGUAAGCAUGCUGUCAAAACAACAUCUCUAAAGUUUUCCACCAAGUCUCCUACAACAAUCGAAUCAAGAUUUUCUGUUACAAUUGAAGGGGAUGUUAAAAUUGAUUUGAAUAAUAUAUCACAUGCUGCUGUUGAAGAGUGGAAUAGGUUAGAUGAGGAUGAAAUUGUACUCUUGGUGAAACUUGAGACUAAGGAUAAUAAGGCUAGCAGCGAAUUUGGAAAACUGGGAUUGGCUUCCUUGAGAUCAGGGGUUGUUAAAGGUAAAUUUAACAACAAUGGAGAAGCUUUAAGCAAAACCAACAGAAGUUUGAAUUUGAGGAUAAACUUGGAUGCUCAAGCAUUCUCUUCAAAUGAUGAUUUGAUCAGAGAUUACGAAGAAUUCAAUUUGAUAAUUAAACUCCCACCUCAUCUGUCAGAUUUCAAUGUCAAGUUGAAUCAAAUUUUAAAACUCAUGGGAUCAUGUGAUGAUAAGCUUCCUGAAUGGUUUUAUGAAAGCUUUUUAGGAUUUGGUGAUGCUAAUGCUGGGUGUUUCGAGAAUAUUGACCAGUCAAACGGGUUAGUUGGUUCUUUAGGUCCAGGUUAUACCGUUGAAGAGUUACAAGCUACAUUUAAUAAAUAUAGUAUUGUUUGGGACGAUCAAACCUCAAAGAGAAGGAAGACAAACACCAAAAGCUCGAAAACAUCAGCUGGACAGAAGUCUCCAUUUAUGGUUAGUCUACAGGGACAUGAGAUCACGUUGAUGCCAAAAGAUGAUGAUUCAGACGCAACAUCUAUAUUGAAUCCUGGCCAACUGCAAGCAACUGUUGCAUCUUUCUUUCAAGGGUUAAUCAUAGUGGAUGGUGCACCAGGGACAGGAAAGAAAUCUCUCAUUGCUGAGCUUGCAAAGAAUUGGGGUUCUCUUCGAUACAAACCAAAAACUUUGAUCGUUUCCAAAUCUGAUACUCAUUUGAACCAAUUAUUCAAAAUCUUGAGAAGCAGGGUUGACCCUCAACUAUUAUUCAACAUGUCGGAUGAAGAAUCACAAAAGUCACUAGCUACAGAUUCAAUAAAGAAAUUGCAUGAACUGUUGAGGAAGGUCGAUGAAUUAUCUGCUGCAAUGGGGCUAGAUGGAGCUUACAGUGAUAACAUUGAGACCGCAAACUCUUUUUUCAAAUACCAAGUUCAUUCUAAAUGGAUCCAAUAUUUGAACAAAGUGAAGCAAAACAUGUCACUAGAAAUUGUUUUAGAUGAAUAUCCGUUUUCAAAGUCUGGGGAUCUUGGCGAAUCAACUGAUAAUUCAUUUGAAGCUGGACUGUCAAGAGUUAUGGGACAUUAUAGUAUGAUCUGUGGCGUUUUUGAUGAGGUACAACUUUUGGGUCCUUUGGAGUUUCUUCAAUCAACAAAUGAAAUUGUUGACUUUUUGUUCACUACCCAGUCACAGAUUAUAGGUGUCACUGCUGCUGAUUUAUUGAAGCACUCCCAACAAAAAAUUGCAAAAUCUGGUAUUGCUUUUGAAAACUUGAUAGUGUGUGAGGCUCCCCAGUUGACUCAAUUUGAAACCUUGUUUCCUUUAUUAUCUCAAGACUCUAAUAAGAUCAAGAGAAUAGCGUUAAUUGGGGACCCAUAUUCAUUAACACCUACUUGUCACCACCAAUUCUUGAAUUCAAACACCCAUUUCACAACCAGUUUGAUCUCUAGACUUAAAGAUUCUGGGGCACAUGUCAUCAAUUUGAACAACCAAUACAAUAGAAGUUCCAAGAUUACAUCAUUACUUCAAUCUAAAUAUCCUGGACUGAUCAAUAAAGCAGAUGCUGAGUUUCAAGUUUCAAAUGCUGGUGUAUUGAAUCCAGUACAAUUCGUUACUGUUGAAGGUGAUGAAACUCAACCAAUUACAGGUGUUUAUCUAAACAUUCAAGAAGCAGAAUAUUCUAUACAACUCUACCAAUACUUUAGACUGCUGGGAUAUCCACGUGAAUCAAUUUCAGUUUUGACUCCAGAAAAAGGUCAAGAUAUUUUAUUGAAAGAAGUUGCUUCAACUAGAUGUGGUGACAGUGAUGCUAGUGAUGAAAUAAAAGACUUUAGGUUUGGAUCACCACAUAUUUCAACAGUUCAAGAUUUUAGAGGUGGUGAAUCAGAGAUUGUGAUUUUUUCUUCAGUUAGAUCUUUGAAUCCCGAUGACAGAUUGCUUACUGCUGCUUUAUCAAGUGCCAAACGUGGGUUCUACAUGUUCGGAUCCCCUCAAUUACUCGAUAAUACUGGAUCUUCAAAUAAAUCAUUAUUGAGUGAAGUUAUAGCAGCAACCAAUGAGCAUGAACUUCAUAUUGUCGUUGGUGAAAUGUACUCUUCAGUGAAAAGAUUAGUAUCAGAUGAUGUUACAAGCUACAAAAUGGAAAACUUGGAACAUUUUAGUCAAUUUGUUCAACAAAUGACAGAAAAGAGAUUAGAAGUUUCUCGUAAUUAA